AUGUCUGCCAACGGAUUCUGGCUGUUCGAAGGGCUUGAAGAGGAGCCGUACGGUCUUCUGCCUCUUGUGAACCUCUCCGGAAAGGUUAGUUACUCCCUUAUUUCGUUCUUUCAUUCUUUUUUUCAGGGAGGCCCUACUAGCACCAAAUACGUGGAUCGUGUCGGGUCGUACCAGUGGUAUCUGAAUGACGAGACGGCGACGAUCCUUGUCCCGGGGGCUCCGGUUGAGUCGUUCUACUGGCCUGGUGGCAAGUUGAUGCAAGAUCACGGAGUAGUCAUUUAUGACGUCAAUCACAUGAAAGUGAGUUCAAGACUUGUUGACUGAAACUCGAGAAAUAGCGUGAUCUGAAGAAUUGAGGAACUCGAUUAACGAUCAAAUUGGAAAUGAGUUUCAGGUUCGGGAAGGUUCUCUGGACGCGAUAAUCAUUGCAGCCAGACUGCUCAGUGAGAAGAAGAAGAAGCCGAUUGACUUCUCUCAAUUCCACUUCAUCACCGAUGCGAUCAACCUCCAAAAGAUCUUCGCUUUCUGUAAUGAAGCCGGAGAAGGAUUGUUCCGAAUCGACUGCGAACGCGUUGGAAAGACCGUUCUUCUGACGAGGUGAAUAGAGGUUGAUGAACAGUUCAAUUCAAAAAGUAAAGUUUCAGAAUGGAGGCUUCGGACCUAAUGGAGAUCGGACACGUCACGUUCGACCAGAAUCUGAAGGCCAGAAUGACGAGACCACGAGGUGCUCAUUCGACGGGUCCGUUCUUCCAAUUGGUUGCGUACCAAUAUGGAUCAUUCCGCAUUCUCGUUCGAUAUGAAGUCGACUGCGCUGAUUAUGCAGCCGUCAAGAGCAAUCCGUAAGAUCGUUCUUAUGUUUCUGUGCUCAUUUCGUGUUUCAGAACACCGGUGGACAAGUCGGAAGUGCUUCCGGAGAAGAAAAAGAGUGAUAUCAACCCGGAGAUUGAAGUGGUGAACUACGGAGAAGUGCCGCAUGACGUCCCUCUCCAAGUGCUUACCACCUAUCCGCAGGGAGCCGGCUUCCCGUUCUUCACCUGGGCGCAGCUGUUUUUCACCAACGCCAAUCACGUGAGCCGCUCAGUUUGUUGUAUUGCACGUACAAUUGAUGUUUUCAGGAAUUUCUGGGAUGGUUCAAAGGUAACGGAGACUUUGGAAAGCCGGCCAUUUACACUCUGCAAGACGUCUCGAAAAUGAUGAAGCCGCUUCCUCUGGUGUCUUUGAGCAAGGUGCACGAUUGUCUGGAUAAGGUCUACAAGUUCUUGACGAAGAACGAUUCGAACUUCCGGUGCGGACUCGUUUGGAAAGGAAAGGCUCACCUGGAGAUCUUUGCGAAGCACGAGACUGCGGGCGGAGGAAUCAGUCAGGGAGUUCGCGACUUCCUGGCGACACAGUGCAAGGACGAAGAGCCGGAGGAGGAGAAGUGAACGAGAAGAAGACCUUUUUUCCAAAUGAAUUAAUUUCCUUUUUGUAUAAUGUGUUUUGAUGAUAAAGUAUGUGGUUUUGAAAGCGAGAAGAAGGAAGAACCAGUUGUUGGCCCCGAACAAUAACCGUUGUUAUUCUAGACUUUCCAGCUUGGAACACAUCUAUAAAGGGAGAGGGUCAACAUUCCACUUUCCCUGUUUCCAGAUGAUUUCCCUCAUUUUUGUUCCUUAUCCGCCAAGUCAGCAGUCUUCAUGUCACCCACAUCAGUGACUGUGGGACUGCGAGAGGCUGCUGGAAGCUGCCGAACGGGUGCAAGGAUGCGAGCGACUGCACGACGAUGCUCACUUGGAAACACGAGCGCCGUCAUCUGAUCGUGGAGAUUGAGAGCAAACUGGUCAAGCCGAACAUGUGGAUGGGCAUUGGAUUCUCGAAGGAUGAUUUGAUGGUAGGCAGGUGAGGUGUGGUUUGUAAUAUUGUUGCUUUCAGGGCAAUGACACAGUUUUCGAGUGCCAGUUUCCAGCAUCAGGCUCCGGUGGAGUGUUCCUGUCCCACAAUACAGCAAAGAGAAAUAUUGUACUCAAAACUGUGAGCUGACUUUAUUGGCUUAGCGACCAGUGAGGAUAAACUUGGUAUUUAGGCUUCCGAACUUUUGAUUCGCGAUGGAUACACCGAGUUUGUGGACGGAAAGGCAAUGUGCGGAGGAGAAUGGAUUCUGGAUAAUAUCCAUUUGGAAGCGGGCGAGAGGAACCUGGUAGGCCACUUGAAAAAGAAGGGGUUGAAGAGAGAUAUUGUUCAGAUGCAUGUCAUCUCUUCGGGGAGGUACAAUUUGUUCUUUGCUUAUGGACCAAUGGAGAAGGGUGAGCACACUUCUUCUUCUUCUUUUUCUUCUUCUUCUUCCUGCAACCCUGAUUCUGUUUCCAGGAGAGAAGAGAAUGCACGGAAUGAGUGGAAAAGAGGCUCCGUGGAGAUCCCAAGAGCAGGUCCGCUUCUGCCAGAGGUGCUCCAGUUCCUUCGCCAACUUGGAUUCAGUGGCAGCCGACGAAUUCAACAAACAGAAAUGA